UUAUAGCUUUCGGAACGCGAAUAAAAUAAUUAAGUGAAAAGCUAUGAAAAAAUAAUAAUGAAUGAGAUAACAAAACAAACUAUCGAAGAGACAAUGAAAAUUUUUAGGAAACUCAAAAGGCAUUUAAGAACAGCGAACUUUAGACCUUACACUCCGCUGGUGUUAAUAUUAAAUAGUUAAAAUAAAGUAUUAUCAGCCACAAUUAAUUACAAAAAAUGGCUAAAUUCAAGAUUUACUAUGAUCUACUAUCACAACCCUCACGCGCUUUGUGGAUGGCAUUGCGGUUGGGCAAAAUACCAUAUGAAGACUGUCCAGUGGCAUUGAGAAAGUCAGAACAGUUAAAGCCGGAGUAUAAACAAAUCAAUCGCUUUCAAAAAGUGCCGGCGCUGGUAGAUGGAGAUUUUCAACUCAGCGAGAGUGUAGCUAUAGUUCGCUACCUUUCCGACAAAGGAAAAUUCAGUGAAGCACUUUAUCCGAAAGAACUCCAACAACGUGCACGCGUUGAUGAAUUCCUUGAAUGGCAUCAUUUGGGUGUGCGCAUGGGAUGUACAUUAUACUUUCGUGACAUGUGGCUAUUUCCCAUGAAUGGCAUAAAGCCCAAACCAAGUGCUGAACGGGAGGCUACAUUACGUAAAACUAUGGAAGAACAACUAAAGGUUAUUGAGGAGAUAUGGUUGAAGGACACACAUUUCGUAACAGGCAAUGAAUUGAGAGUAUCUGAUCUAUUUGGUGCCAGCGAAAUCGAGCAGACGAAGUUGGCGCAGUAUGAUGCUGGCAAAAAGUUUCCAAAAAUCGACGAGUGGCUGCAACGCGUGCGAGAGCAAACGAAUCCACACUAUGAUGCCGCACACGAAUUUAUUUAUAAAAAAUCUGGUAUGAAACCGAAAAAUUGAAUUUUUUUGUAGAAAAACUUUAAACAAGAAUG